GCGAGCGUCCUUUUGCCUUACAUCAGUCAUCAGUCGACAUGCUUUACAAGACCUGCGCCCUCGCCAUCAUCGUGGCCACGUCCGCCGCACCGACUCCUCCCGUCGUGGACAACAAGCGGAAGCUUGGCGGCACCGUCGACGACGGCUUCAUGGGUUUCGCCACGGCACAGCACUCGCAGGAGGCCCUCGCUCAGCAGUGGCGCGAGAACUGCCCGCCAUGCCCGACCGGCGGCUUCUGCUGCCCGGCGCUGGGAUGUAAGAUCACCGAGACCGUCAAGACGGGUACCGACGAGGGCGCCUACCAGGCCGAGUUGUGGGCGGAGACCCCGUUCCCGUGGUACGAGAUGCCUGUCGUUCCGGUCCUCUCGGCGACACACCCAGUCUGGACCUUCCUCCAGAUUAACAAGCAGUGGUGGCUGUACUGCUUCUUCAACGAUGGCAAAGCUGCGCCCGCGGCGAUGCCGCCGACGGCCGCGGCGGCGGCGGAGCCCACGGCGGCUGCGGCGACCAAGCCUCCGAUGGCCAAGGUCGGUGCCGAUGCAGACGAGCACGGCUGCCGCGCCAGCGCUGGCUUCGCGUGGUGUGCAGCCAAGGGCAAGUGCCUCCGGAGUUGGGAGGAGAGCUGUAGCAGCGAGCGUGGCGGGAGCCGCCGCCUCGACGCGGCGCCGGCGCUCGCGCUGCAGAGUCCGGGCGCCAAGGGCGAUCCGCUCACGCUGGACGGCGGGUACCUCGGCGGCCAGGUGACAGCGGCGCCCGACAAGCCCGGCGCCCCCGCGUCGUGGACGCAAUUCGCCGGUCUCGGCCUGGUCACGGGCGGCAAGUACGUCGCCGCAGGCGUCGAGACGGGCCUCGAUUGGAUCACGGGCGGCGCCUUCCAGGGCUCCUCCAACUCGGUGGUAAACACCGCGAACAGGUUCACCGCGCUUGACUCGGACACGGCAAACGACUUUGCCACCCUGAGCGAGGGUGGGACGGUCGGAUGAGCGCCCUGUCGCCUCUCUCUGACUCUGUGCUGGGGCAGCUGGGACGUGUGCCCGCGGGCGCGCUCGGCGCUGCGGCUCUCGCUCGUGUCGACCCCAGCGUGUCAAACUUUGCUACACUGCCCCGCAUCGCAUCGUGGUGUCGUAGUGUUCAUUAUUCCUCCACUAUUCCUUGAGCAGAAAACACUCUCCACUGUAGUCUGUGCGACGGUGUAUCAUUCACUUUAUGCCACCGUUGCAUAUCCGGAUAUGCAACGGCGGAAAACCGGUGAACCCUCCCCAAGGGGAAAGGCGGGGGGGUUUCCAACCCGCG